UAUACUUUAUAUAUUAUAUGUUAUGUUAGGUAAAAAUGUUAGCCUGAAUGUUAGUUUUUAACCUAUUCUUUAACCACUCUCUUAACCUUAUGGCACGAUUUUGUCUGACUCCAAAGCGCACGCUAAGAACGCGCGUUUUUACUGCAGAUCACACGUCGAUGACGCGCGUUUUGAUGCACAAAGUAUGUAAUAUGUAAAAAUGUGGGUAAGAAAGCGGGUUAGGGACAAUAUUUUCUUUUUUUGCGGUCCGAGUUGCGGGGGUUAGUUGAAAACGGUGGGGUGCGGGUUAUUAAUACAUUGACCCGCGCAUCACUGGCGGGAAACUAGACGCGGCAGACGCGAAUUUGACGCUCUAUUCGCAUUUGGUGUGAACGCAGCAUGAGAGAUGAAUCAUCAAGAGAAGCGGUUCAAACGAGUCAUUUGUUCGUGAAUCAUCGCAUUCAGACUGAAAAGCUGCAUUCUCAAACCUGGUAAAUGAGAUUUAUUAUUAUUAUUUAUUUCGCGUUGGAGAACAAUCUUAGCAAAAUGCCGAAAUAAACGCAGUUAUAGUUUAAAAACUGCUUUUACAAAGGUGAUGAAUAAUGUAUAUUUCUUAGAUAAUUAGCGAAUCAGAGAAAACAAACUGUUGUUGGGAAAACAUUCCGUUUCCAUGGCAACUUUGGAACGACAGCGUCACGCGCCACCGCUUUAUGACGUCAGACUCCGUAUAAAAGGCCUCGCAGAAUCUUUGUAGUUGAGUGAUAUUCGAAGCAGAGACUCGAGUCUGAGUGAAAGUCUUUGUUUUACAGUCUGUAUAGAUCGAGAUCUGCUGAGAUUGUACAGAGUGUAUCAGAUCGAGUUUAAACUGAGAUUAUUGGAUACAGACAGUUUGAUAACUGUGCAUUAAGAACAGAUCUGUCAGUAUGAUAACUCCAGACACAGUGUCUAUAGUGGCGAGAGAGGUGCGUCUGGAGGUUUAUCUCAACGGUGUCUUCUACACCGGAGACAGUUGCUUUGUAUUAGAUGGUAAAGAUGUGCAGCUGGAGCUGGAGAUCACCGAUGCCAUCUACGACCUUCUCGGCUUCAGCGGUAAUCAAGAGAUAGAUGUGAAGCUGCAGGUCAUGACGGAUGACCACAUCUCCGUCAGUUCCUGCAGUCCAGGAGAGAUGCACGUACAGCUGGAGACUGACGAGAAUGAGCACAUGUCGGUGUGUGAGCUCAAAGAUCUGCAGCUGGAGAUGAACAGGAACAGCAUCUCGGAGCUGAAGAGCCCUGAGCCGGUGUCUGAAGAUGAGAGCGAUCCAGUCCCAGCAGGAGCUUCAGGAGAACAAGCCCUGGAUGAUGAGGAGAACCGCUCAACAGAACUCACCACUGGGCAGAUGACCAAGAACAUUAGUGCAGUCUUCCAGGGAUUUUGUGCAGCUUUCCAGGGAAAAAUGCCGAACCCUGUUGGGGAAGCUGAAGUGGAUCUGAUUGGUCCAGAUGGAUCAUAUGUCCCAGAUCCAAGUGCUCAUGAGCCAGAAUCUGAAACAUAUCUGGUCGAUUCUGAGCAAUCGUGUUUCACUGAAACUGAUCUGGUUGCUCCUCCAGAACCUAAACUGGAUCCGGUUGAUCCAGAGGAAUCAUGCGUCAGCCCGGAAGAAAGGUUCGUCAUGACCAAGAGAACGGAAUAUGCUACAGUGAGGAACAUAAAGAAUAUCAGCACUUUCCUCCAGAACGACAGGCCGAAGCAUGUUGGAGUCUCAGCGCGGCCAGAUCUGGAGCUGAACGUUCCUGAUCCAGAACCUGGAGAGAAUCCGGAUGAUCCUCCUGAAGAUGAUUGGGAUCUGGCUCCUCCACAGGAAUCAUGUGCACCAGCUGCAAGCGUUCCUGAGCCGGAAUCUAAAGUGACAUCUGAGCUUUCAAUGUUGGAAAACUACGUCCCUCUAAACGUGUUCCAACUGGAGGAUCGUUUGGAGAAAUACACACCUCUCAAACAAAGACACGUGACUAACGUCUGGCCCAGGGUCUUCAUCGGAGAUGAGUGA